AAAAAGAACAGACCCCAUAUAUGGGCAACGGAAUGCGAGACUCGAUAAGACUCGAGACGGGGAAACGGAGACUCGGAGGAUUUUUCACGUGAUAAUUUUGUCGGUCUAAUGGUUUUUAUUCAGUACGUGACAUUGGUAAAUUCGUCGAAUAGAUUCGCGAGAGCGAGGAGUGCUAUAUUGCAUGUGCACUGCGUCCCUCGACAUCACCGGCCAUGAAUUCCCAUUGACUUCCAUCGAAUACUGUCGAACUUGUACGGGUGGCUUUAUUACUUUUCAUCGAUCAUAGUUCGUGUUAUGGCUCUACGUCGUGGAAAACGCAACCUAAAACUGCAGGUCUCCGAAGAAGCGCCUGCACCAGUGACACCACCAAGAAAUUUAGAUAAACGGACUACCAUUACUAUAGAUGAAAAGACAUUUGUCGUAGAAGCUGAUGAUUUAGAAACACUUUGUAUACUUGGUCGUGGAGCAUAUGGAAUUGUUGACAAAAUGCGACAUAAACAGAGUGGUACAAUAAUGGCUGUUAAGAGGAUAACUGCAACUGUUAAUACACAAGAGCAAAAGAGGCUGCUCAUGGAUUUAGAUAUUUCCAUGCGUAGUUCAGCAUGUCCUUAUACAGUACAAUUUUAUGGAGCUUUAUUUAGGGAAGGAGAUGUAUGGAUAUGUAUGGAAGUGAUGGACAUGAGUCUUGAUAAAUUUUAUACAAAAGUUUAUAAACAUGGUCGUGCCAUUCCUGAAGAUAUCUUAGGAAAAGUGGCUUUUGCAGUAGUAAGCGCAUUACAUUAUCUUUAUUCACAAUUACGAGUAAUUCACAGGGAUGUAAAACCUAGUAAUAUUUUAAUUAAUCGGAAAGGCGAGGUAAAAAUUUGCGACUUUGGUAUAUCGGGUUACCUCGUGGAUUCGGUUGCCAAAACUAUCGACGCUGGAUGCAAACCGUACAUGGCUCCAGAAAGGAUAGACCCAACAGGUAACCCAUCGCAAUACGAUAUCAGAUCUGAUGUUUGGUCAUUGGGAAUUUCUCUUGUUGAAUUGGCAACUGGUAAAUUUCCGUACGAGUCCUGGGGUACACCUUUCGAACAAUUAAAACAGGUGGUGAAGGACGAAGCUCCAAAAUUGCCUGCAGAUAAAUUUUCUCCUUCGUUUGAAGAAUUUAUUAAUAAGUGUCUGAUAAAGAACUACACUGCCCGUCCAAAUUACAGUCAAUUGUUGGAAUUGGACUUUACCAGAGAACAUGCAGAAAAAGACACGAAUGUGGCGGAAUUUGUCGGAGAUAUUCUAGACUUGCCGGAAAAUGAACAACCGGUAUAGUGCAUACAUCUUGACAUAGCUUGCAAUAUAAUUUGACUUGCAACUUGUAUUUUUGCAAGACAGUCACUCGAUGGCAUUAUCAUAUGUAAUUUAUAUUAUUGGAUCGCUGAUUAUUUUGCGAAUUAUUUGAUCACUGUGUCCAGAUCUAGUUGUACGUGAAUGAGUAUGCUUUUAUUCAUCAUUAUCUUCAUUCAUUUUUAUUAAUCGCAUCUGAUAUAAUUGUAACAUUUAUAAGUUUGGCCUGAAAAUAAUUGUUUCUAUUCCAAUUUUAACUUGUCACAUUGAAGCAAAUAUGUAUACCGAUGUAUCUCUACAUGAUAUAGUAGGACUGAGUUCAAAAACCUCAAAUGUAUCAUUUUAAUUAUUAAUUGAAUAAGGAUAAAAUGAUACAUGGGUACAUUCGGGUAUUAUUUCUGAACAUAGCCUAGUAUAAAUUAACACUCAUGUGGAAUUGUAGUAAUAAUAAAUGAAAAAAAUCUUAAUAAUAAUAUCUCGUUGCGUGAGAUAUAUACGCAUCUUUAGAGAAAUAAAAUAGGAGACCAAUUUAUUGUAACAUUAAAGAUUGUAUAUAGUAAUCGAACGUGCAUAAAAAGAAAUCAAAAUUC